CUUUUACUAGCAUUCACGCUGCAGUCAAGCCACCGCCGUCGUGGAAGAGAAAGAGAAAGGCAGACCACGCUAUCCAGCUCGCUGGCUAACCUCAGACCCUCAGCCCGCUGUGUGAUCGAGGACCACAAAGCCCAGCCCUCCUCCGCCGGCCCCGCUUCCACCACCCUGGGCUCCGUUCUCUGGGCCCCCCUCUCAUCUCCAGCCCUGGUCAGUGGAGAUCGCUCCACACUGUUCUAGCUUUCCUUGAAAUGGCAUCAAACAGCAUCUUUGACUCCUUCUCCAACUACAGCAGCAGUCUACUCAGAGAGCCGCCCACCACCAGACGGUUCACGCCGCCCUCCACGUCCUUCCCCUGUAAGCUUGGAGACGGCAACGGGGCCAUGGCCACCCCGGGCCCCCUCAGGUCAAGAUCCGACACCAGGAACGUGGUGGACGUCCUGGCGGACCACGCCGGCGAACUGGUCAGAACCGACAGCCCCAACUUCCUCUGCUCCGUCCUCCCGUCACACUGGAGAUGCAACAAGACGCUCCCCGUGGCGUUCAAGGUCGUGGCUCUGGGUGACGUCCCCGACGGGACUCUGGUCACCGUGAUGGCCGGGAACGACGAGAACUACUCGGCCGAGCUGAGGAACGCCUCCGCCGUGUUGAAGAACCAAGUGGCCCGCUUCAACGACCUGCGCUUCGUGGGCAGGAGCGGACGAGGAAAGAGCUUCACGCUGACCAUCACCGUGCUCACCGGACCGCCACAAGUGGCCACUUACCACCGCGCCAUCAAAGUCACCGUGGAUGGACCCCGAGAACCGCGCAGACACAGGGUGAAGAUAGAAGACCCCCAGAAGAUGCAGUUCUCGGACAGGCUGUCAGAGAUCGAGCGCUACCAGCGGUCUAUGCGGAUAGGCCCGGUGAACAAUAAUCCCCGCCCCAUCCACCAAACCCACCUAAGCACCACACAAGCCCUGUGGCAGGAGCAAAUGGACACCCCCGCUCUGAAGACAUGCAAGGUGGAAGAGGACCUGAGACCAUGGCCAGGGACUACAGACCUCUUCAACCAGAGGACCAGCUUCCCGUCUCUGUCGCCGCUGACGGACCCCCGCUUCUCAGACCCUCGCAUGCACUACCCGGGGGCCUUCCCUUACUCCACCAACACCUCCAGCAGCGGCAUCAGCGGCCUCAGCAUGUCAGCCUCCUCUAGAUAUCACACCUAUCUGCCGCCACCCUACUCAAACAACCAAAGCCAGAACUUCCAGUCCAACUCCUACCUGUAUUACGGCACGGGCUCUGGAUCCUACCAGUUCUCCAUGGUGGCGCCGGGGAACACUGGGGGCGAGCGCUCCCCCACCCGCCUGCUGUCCUGCUCGGGGGCCACGGGCCCCGGAGGGACCAACAGCCUGAUGAACCCGGGCCUGAACAACCAGAGCGAGGGCGUGGAGGCCGACGGCAGCCACAGCAACUCCCCCACUGCCAUGAGCGCCUCGGGCCGCUUGGAUGAGUCCGUCUGGAGGCCUUACUGACUGACAGACGGCUAGACAAUCACAGGGUGCAGGAGAGGUGAGGGAGGAAAAGUAAAGAUGAUGAUGAACAAAAAAACACUGAAAGCCCCAAAAAAAAGAAGCAAAAAAAAUUUAAUAAAUAGAAAUGCUGCAUGUUUGUCUUUUAGUUCUCCGGCACUCGCUCCAAAGACUUUCUCUGUUUUACCAACUCUCUCAAGACUUCUGUGUAUUGCUGCACUGUGCUAAAACAGGUCCUCUUAAAGAAGAAAAAAGGACUACAAAAGCCAUAUAAGUUAUGAAGAUGUUCGCUUGAAACUGUAAAUAGAUGUUGGUAAAACCAGAGAAGCCAUAGUCCCAUUUCAGGAUCAUUUGCCUGAGGUAAACAGGUACUCAGUAAAAGACAAAAGAACAAAAGACAAUGGCGGUUUGAUCAAUCGGUACAGCUGAUGAACUGGAAAACCACAGCAGACACUCGUUCAGACCGAGGAGAAGAGCAGUCCGAUGUUUCCGAUGCCUCCCCGAGUGACUCCGACAUCCUUUGUGAGGUGCGGCUUGCACUGCUGUGGCAAUCAGAUUCUAUCAGAGUUGAAUAUUGUGUCAGUUGUGAAAACCUCUUCAGUUGCACCCAGGUCUGUUUCAUGUACUCACGGCUCUCGUGCAGUACCUUCAUUGCCUAAUUUAUUAUCUAAAUGGACACAUUAGCCUCCGGUGCUACGGGUGUACAGUGGAUGUUGAGAGAAGAGCCUUUUUGAUCCGUAAAGGACUGACAUGUUUAAGAAAUGAAUUCUCCUCUGCUGUGUCAUCAGUGCGACAGGACAAUGGCGGAUGUUUUUGAGGAAUGUAAAAGACUAACGCAGAGGGGUAUUUAUUGGUCUCUUUUUUUUCCUGCAGGAAUAUUUCAGUCCUGUUGUGUCUACUCUUUUACUUUUUCCUUACAUUUCUUACCCAAGCCCUUUUCUGAAAAAAAAAAGAAAAAAAAAGAAAGAAGAGUUUGAGUCUGGUAUUUUUGAACUGGAUGACACGGUUUACUUUUGAUAUUUAUUUGAGCCAAAUUGUGAGGAAAUGUACGCAUAUACCCAAAAUCCUUAAGCAUUUCUCUCUACCUUUUCCUUUAUAUAUAUAUAUAUAUAUAUAUAUAUAUAUAUAUAUAUAUAUAUAUAUAUAUAUAUAUAUAAAUAUAUAAAUAAAUAUAUAUACAGUGCAUAUGCCUUAUUUUGUUGUUAAGUAUAAAUUUGGAAUCUGUGUAAUAUAUUGCUACUAAAUUAUAAAAAAAAAAAACUUUAAUGUAAUUAUUUUGUCUUCCAAUGUAGCUUUGAUGCACUAAAAACCUUUAUUCCUUAUGAACCACGCCCAACAGAUUCUGUUCGUGAGAUGGUGUAUCUAGAGCCCUAAUCCUUUAAACGAUUUCCUAAUUGCCUUCCUGCGCUAAAUAAGCCAUUCGCUUAAUUUUUGCACUAUGUUUGAAUUUUAAUUUCUCUUCUUUUUGGGGGGUUAUGUAUUUACAAAUAUCUGAAACUCUUCCUAACUAAAAUAUUCCUUCACUUGAUCUGCUGAACACACUUUAAGUGUCCUUUGAACAAAUCCUUCGCCAAGUAAUUAAUGAUGAUAUUAGUGACACACACACACAUUCCUGCACCACAGGUGUGUGUGUGCACAUUCCCCCCGUCCGGAGGGCCUUUCCCCUGCAGUUAACCAUGUGAUCCCUCUAUUCCUGGAGGAGGAAGAGUGUGAGGAUGAAGGGAUAGGAGGAGGUGGGGUCAGAGUGGUAUCUUCUUACCAGCACCAAGGGCAGUUAUGCAAAAAAAACUUCCCUUGUUGUGCACAGGUCCCUUUGUUCUGUCAAAUCAGUGAGCGCUUUGAAGCCUUUAUGGCCCUGAUUCUCUCUUUUCUGGUCUAAUUUACUGAUCAGCGGUGCCAGAGGCUCAUGGCUCUGCCAAUAAUUCAUACGCCGGCACAGAUCUUCUGGGUAUGAGCUGCGUGAAGGCAUUUGCAGCAGCUAUCAGGUGUCUAAUAUCUCCUAAAAAAAUACUUCCACAAGUGUCCAUAACUCGGAAAGAUAAAGUGAUAAAGUGAAUUCAACGUGAAUAAUGAUCCAAAAAGGCUUGUAUUUGCAGCUCAGGUAAAACAUUUUUUUAAAAAGACAAGUUAUGCAAGGUUUUGUAGAUCUCAAAUAAAGACCCUUUGCCUUAAUUCCCUUUUUCUUAUAAAAAAAACCAUCAGUAACAAUGUCUCAUUCCUAUCUCCCGUUGAUUUAGAGGAACAGCAUGUCUCCAUGCUCUCUCCACUGGAGUUGAGUAGAGUACCUUUCUUUAUUAUGGGCAACAAUCAUGCAGCUAGAGAAACCACGCGUGUUCUUUGUAAUACGUGUGUGGUUCCUUAAAAAGUAAAAAAACCAAAGAUCUUCACAACUGCCUGUAAUACUGUCAGGAUGAUGGGAAAGAGGUUUGGCAAACGGAGUCUUGAUUGAUCUCCAAUAUCAUUCUUUAUGCAAAACUAGGGCGCCAAAAUGUACACGUGAGUUAUAUGUCAUUGUUAUUGGAUUAAAGAGCACAAUGUUA